AUGGCCCGCGCGCAUUUACUAACCGUAUUUUCGUGUAUACGAUAUCAUCCCACGCAACCGGUAGACGAUUGUCUCGUAGUUUUGGGAGGUAAUCUCGGACGAGCACGGUCUGAACAUGGACGGAAUGUUUCAAGGGGAUUCCGAGCUCCAACUGCAGCGGAUGAACGUAUAUUUCGUGGAAGGUCCAGGUAUCGUCUCGGAGGAGUCGAAAGAACGAACGAAAAAGACGCCGAACGGAUAAAACUUUUUUUAGGUGGUAGAUUCGUUCCGAGAGCUGUUCUGGUCGAUCUCGAUCCAGGAAGCUUGGACUCGGUGAUGUCCGGACCAUGCGGAAAACUGUUCAAGCCGGACAACUUUGCGACGGGUCAGGCUGGCGCGGCGAAUAAUUGGGCGAAGGGUUACUACACCGAAGGCGCCGAAUUAGCCGACAUUGCGUUAGAUCUGAUUCGCGCGGAAGCCGAGGCUUGCGACUUGAUGCAAGGUAUUCAAAUAGUCCAUUCGCUGGGCGGCGGAACUGGCGGUGGAAUGACCGCGUUGCUAAUGACCAGGCUAAAGGAGGAAUAUCCGGAGAGAAUACUCAAGACUUACAGCGUGAUACCGUCGCCGGUGAUGUCGGACGUGGUGGUAGAACCGUACAACGCGAUCCUCACUCUCGGCAAAUUGAUCGAGUACACCGAUCAAACGUUCUGCAUCGACAAUCGAGCGUUGCAUCACAUUUGCAUGCGCGUCUUAAAGAUCAUCACGCCAACGUUCAGCGACGCGAAUCACUUGGUAUCCAGUUACAUGUCAGGAAUCACGGCUUGCUUCAGAUUUCCCGGCCAAUUAAAUACCGACCUGAGAAAAUUACUGAUCAACCUAGUGCCCUUCCCGAGGCUCCACUUUUUCGUUCCCGCAUACGCGCCCCUCCUCUCCCGAAGCGCCGCCCCGUACACGGUGCUCUCGGUACCGGAAUUGACGCAGCAGUUGUUUAACGCGAACAGCAUGUUCGUGUGCUGCGACCCGAGACAGGCCAAAUUCCUCACGGUGGCUGCCAUCUUCAGAGGCAGAAUGUCGACCAAGCUCGUCGACGAGCAAAUGUCGAAUAUACGAAACAGAAACAGUCCGUAUUUCAUCGAGUGGAUACCGAACAACGUUCAAACCGCGAUAUGCGACAUCGCUCCGCGAGGACUCGCCAUGAACGCCAGCAUGGUAUCGAACACGACGGCGAUACAGGAACCGUUCAAAAGGUUGGUGGACGCGUUCGACGGUAUGAUGAAGAAACGGGCGUAUUUGCAUUGGUACACGGCCGAAGGAAUGGACGAGACCGAAUUUUCCGACUCCCGAUCGACGAUGUACGAUCUCGUCUCGGAGUAUCAACGGCAACAAGAAGCGACGAUGGAAACCAGCUUCGUCGAGGAUCUGGUGGCGGAGUACGAGGAUUGACCGAGAGACGGGUCUAGUCGACUUGGAUCGCUCGAGCGUGCGAUCGAUGACAUGGGAAAUGGUACGGGAACGAUACGGGGAACGAUACGGGGAACGAUACGAGGGGGAAAGAAAAAUAAUUGAAAAAAACGUAUAUUUUUGCAAGGAACAAACUUGCGCUACACAUUGCAAAACGCGUGCCACUAUUAAUACGCAUACGAGAUAUCGUUGCCGUGGAUGCAACGGAACAGAGUAGAUUUUUGGUUCGGGUACUUUGGUGUUUGGUAAAGUCGCUAUCCUUCGAGAACGAUGGAUCCUCCAGGUUCGCGUGCCAGAGAUGCCCCAUGAUUUCUCCGUGCAAAUUUUCCGCUAUUUUUUCACUUUUCGGUAGUCGCGAUGCGAGAUACGGCAACCGGUGUGAAGCUCUGCCGAGCCACUCGAUUCGCCGGUCGCCGCGGCGAACGCUUACCGCGAUCAUAAAAUGUAUUUUUUACGUACAAAAGUAUAAAAAGACAGAGAUAUCGCAGAGAGCUACCACCGAAUCGAGACAAAAGU